AUGAGUGUGGCUGCAGCUUGUCCACAAAGACUACCAGCCUUGGAGGGACCUGAUGCGACAGGCUCUUCACCUGCCCCUGCUAGCCCUGGGCCGGAAGAAAACCAUCCACCCUUACAAAUGACAUCUGCUGGGACGCCCCACACGGACCCCGCCACUCAGCUUCUCUCCUCCGCGGGCCUACUCAUUCAGGACAGCCCCGAUUCUUCCACCAGCCCCGAGGUAAAACCUCUCGUGUCCGUGGAGAACGGCGGGAAGCCAGAGGAGAAGGUGAAGAAGCAGAAAAUUAGGACUGUGUUCUCCCAGGACCAGCUGUGUGUCCUCCACGACAGAUUCCAGAGACAGAAAUACCUCAGUCUACAACAGAUGCAAGAGCUCUCCAGUAUCCUGAACCUGACCUACAAGCAGGUUAAAACCUGGUUCCAGAACCAAAGAAUGAAAUGCAAGAAGUGGCAGAGGAAGAACUUGCCAAACAAUAUGAUUCAGAAGGGCUGCGCAACUGCAGAAUACCCGGGCCUCUGUUCUCCGUACCAGCAGGGGUGCCUGGUGAACACACCCGAAAACCUUCCCGUGUGGAGCAGCAACCAGACGAUGUGGGGCAACCAGACCUGGAACAACCCGGCUUGGAACAAUCCAUCUUGGAGCAGCCCCUCCUGGGACAGUCAGAGCUGGUACCCCCAAACCUGGAACAGCCCCCUCCUCAACUGUGGCGAGGAGAUGCUUCAGCCCUGUGUGCAGUUCUCACAGACUUGUCCAGCCACCGAGUUCGACAGUGUCUUGGAAACUGCUGGGGAAAGCCUGAACACGGUCCCACCAGCCCCCAAGCAUCUCGGCACCCCACAGGCCCUCGAUUUGCUGCUCAGUUAUCCUGUAGACAUGCAGCCUGAUGACCUGUGA